GGUGUCCUAUUUUAACUGUUAUGGCGGUGAGUAGAAGAUUUAGUUGACCUGAGAAUUCUUGAGAACUACUAGUGGACGAAAGCCUCUACAAUUUCAUUACUAAAAAAAAGCAUUCUGCUAAAUAAACUAACUUUGGGCAAUUUUCAAUGUUUCUUGUUGAUUAAGGCAAUGUCAAAAAGAAGACGUAAAAUUUUUUUGGAUUAAUUAAAUACUUCUUGUUUAUUGCAUUAUUAAUGAAGCAAAAAUUAGGAGGGAAAAAAAUCAGUUAAAGACAUGAAAUUUAAACACGAAAUUUGGAAAGGCGUUAAAAUGUUCUGGUCCCUACGAAAAUGUAAAUCUAAUAAAAAUACAUAAAAAUUCAUAAAUUAAAACAUACUGUUUUAUUUAUUUUAUUUAAAACAAUUUUUCUUGUUGUCUAAUAAAUUAUUGAACUGUUAUACAAACUCCUUUUUUUGGUCUGGAAAUAUCAAAAAAGUUCAUUCACGCCUCCAUAUAAAUUCGAUAUAAAAGAAGGAAACAAGAAGAAUCACAAUUUGAAAUAGUAUAGAGCGACAGGUGGAAAUAUUUUACACGCUUUUGAAAAAAAAUAUUUUAACAUUACCAUUAUUGAGUAGUUUUAAAAAAAGAAGAAAGCCAGUGAUGCGUAAAAUGUUAAAGUAUUUACUUUCGAUUGAUUCAUAAGCAUUUAUUGACGCAGCCCUACUGUUUAAUAACACUGUUUUAACAACACUGUUUCGUAAACUUGCAGUGUCUACAGAUUGAUAUCCACACUCCUUCACAACAAGUUCAAAUAUUGGUCGCAAAACCCGGAACAAUUCAAGAAGAUUCGCCCGCCACUCGCAACCACCAUUUUGGCUAAUUGACUGACAGAAAGAUAGAUGGCUAUCACUAAGUUCACUUUAUUGAUUUCCGCCGGCGAAGGCGGAAUCUUUAAUAUCGCCUGGGAAGAUAGAGAGAUAGAUAGAUAGAGACAGCCCAGAGCCUGGACGCCUAAAACUUGUCCGGGCUAAAGCUUAAAUCCUUGUUUUGACAGAUUCUUUUCUGAGAACGAGGCUAAAUUCAGUUUUAAAGACAAUUAAUUCUGAUAUAUAUCACAACCAAAUCUCGGUAUAGGUUACGGGAAAUAGCAAAGCAUGGUUUUCCUUUGUUACGUUGUGUCAUUCGUAAAGAGUGAGCCAAUGACAUAAAUUUUUAGGAUUACGUACAGGGCACUUUGGUUACACUAAUAAGCGCAAGAAAUGAACACAUAAAAUUUGGUACUUAUUACAAAAAUACCAAUGGGUUUGUUUACAAAGAAAACAGCCUCGAUGUUGUUUGAUGUUGUUCUUACAGAAUAUUCUCAGAAAUAAUAGACCAAAAGAAAUUACAUCACAGUUUCUUGUCCACCGCCUACGUGUGUUUGAGAACAACCCACACAAAAAAAUUGUGUGCUGGGAGUGAGUGAUGUAAUCUUUCAAUGCGUGUGAUGAAAAGAAAGCGAAACCGUUAUUGUUUUUUCUGCCAAAAAUUUAUUUAAUAAAUCUUGAUAAAGUUUAACUGUUUUGAUUUGUUUGUUUUUGUUUUAAUUGUUUCCCGUGAGUUUUCGAAAUUCGUUCCAGCAGAUUCUGUGGCUUCUAGUGCCGGUAUUUUUACGUGAAAAAAAUACUAUUUUGUUGUAAGGUCAUUUACGAAAUCGUUAACGUUAGGACCAACUUCUGCGGGUUGUACAACUCGAUGUAUUACAUAUCUUUCGGAAUACUGCUAAAAGUGUAAUUUUGUAUUGCGCUCUUUACUUUUAUCAUUCUGUGGGAAAAGGCGGUACAAAAUUUUAACACGCCUUAUUCGUUUUUGUUAGUUUCGCGUAAUCUAAUUUUCUCGCACAUUUUGAAAAGAAUAUCCCACGCACAUUAAAUACUCGCGCAGUCUAUUCGCAAAAAAAAAGGAGUUAAUUAUCUUUAAUUAUCUUUAAGCCAAUAAGAAUCCUAAUAGUGCAACAAAUUGUUUUAUUAUCCAAUGAACAUUACUUUAUUUUAAAGUUUAUAAUCGAAAGUUAAAGCUCGUGCAGUGUAGCAUAAUGAAGACGCCUUUUAAAGCGCCAUCAUUUCCCUCUGUACAAUUUAGACUAAAGCUAAUUAUUUAUGAAUUUUAAUUUAAAGGAAUUGUUGAGGCUGAAUAUUUUUGGUGAAAGAUUUAUAGCUAUAAAAUCGUGACAAUGUGUCAUAAAAGAAAAAAUAAGAAUAUGUAGUCUAAAAAUAAACUUUCCUAACUGAUUAUGUAAAAAAAAUUUGCUGCCACCUUUAAAGAUAUUUUCCAAGCUGUUUUUCAGAGAAAAAGAGAAAAUAGAUAAAUUUUCAGCCUUGCCGUUGUUCUUAUUUUGUUUUUAUUGUUCAUCAAUUUUCAGGAUUAUUAUUUUUCUUUUAAAAUUGUUCCUAUAGAGAAAUGAAGUUUAUGUAUGUUAAGUUAGCUAUGAUUUACAGUUACAAUAAUAAUCAAAAAUUGAAUUUUAAAAUUUUAGAAUAUAUAAUGAUUUUGUUCCCCCAGUCCUCUUCAAAGUUCAGCACUUUUUCAGAUUAUUGCUAAUGGCGGAAAUCUUUAAGCCACAGGGCUUCUUGUUUAUAAUUGACUCAAUUCCCUUCUGUCUACAUAUCGUUGGAGGUUACUUGCUUUAUCGAUAUUGCAUCAAUAUCUCCAAAUGUCAAAAGAUUUUCCUGCUUCAUCUCGCUUUCUCGGAGAUUGUCCUGACAGGAACAAACACUGCAUUGCAUUUGCUAUUUUCUGUGAAAUAUUUUCAAAUUACAUUACUUUUGCAUUUCAAUGCAACGCUACCAUAUUACCUCAUAAUGAUUUUUUUAACAGUCGAUCGUUUCUUCCAGAUUUAUUUACAUUUGACAUAUCCGUUAUACUGGUCUUCAAAACAUACAAAGUUCUUAUUAGGGUGUGUGUGGAUGGUUACACUCGCAAUCUUGAUAGUUUCUGUCAGCUGCCAUAUUAUAUUUGACGGUAUCGAUUCGUUAAUAUUACGGAUCUAUUUCUCCUAUGUCUUUCCUAUUCUCGACUUCAUAUUCCUUCUCGUAGCGUUUCCAACGUACAUGUAUAUCAUUCAUUCAAUAAAGAUGUCAAGAAAGAAAACAAAUUCGAUGUUCUUAGUUCAAAUUGCGCGGAACAAGGUAGAUAAUGACAGCAACAAUAAUAGAGGAGGAGAAGUUAUUAAUAAGGUUCGAUUUGCAGACACACGUCCCAAAAAAGCGACUUCAGAUACCAAUGCUCCGCUACUGCUACCAACUCUCUUAAUUACUACAUUUUUGAUUUUCAUAGUAAUUCCAGACAUCAUGCAUUUUCUUUUAUCUAGAGACAUCAUUAGAGACGACGAUACUUUGAUUUUUACGUGUGCAAUUUUAUAUUCAGUAGGUUGGACUACGGAUGCUUUUAUUUAUGUUUUUUUAUCAACUAAACCUGGAAAAAAUGUACUAAACCGUUUCACAAAGCAAUAAGAAAGCGUGGAUUAAUAAUGUGAGAGUAUAUUUAUUAAUUUUUUAUUGAUAAAUUUGGACAUGUCAGCAUUUUAAUUUUAGUUUCUAUAUAUUAAUAACCGUAAUCUCUUUGUCGUUUGUCACACCGAGUAAAGUCGUGCUUAAAGCGCCCAGAGACUUUAAGCAAGAAAUGACAAACGCAAUAUAUUUUUACAAACUUUGUUGCAAACCCACUCGCCUUUAAAACUAUUCACAGGA